AUGUUAAGGAUGUUGAUAGUGAAGAUGUUUGGAAUGUUGAUGGUAAGGGUGCUAGGUAUGCUGAUAGUGAGGAGUAAUGCUGAUAAUGAUAAGGAUAGUGAUGAGCGUGAUGUUGACAGUGCUGAUGUCAAGAUGACUGAUGUUGCCGGUGAAAGUGAUAGCAGUGACGAUGAUGGUGACACCAAUCCUCAUCUACCGCCCACACCCACCCGUACCCGCCCACACCCGCCCAUACCCACCUAUAACUGCCCACACCCGCCCACAUUUGCCCACACCCGUCCACACCCGCCCAUACCUGUCCACACCCGCCCAUAUCCGCCCAUACCUGCCCACACCCGCCUGUACCCGUCCACACCCGCCCACAUCUGCCCACACCCGUCCACACCCGCCCAUACCUGCCCACACCCGCCCAUACCCGCCCAUACACGCCCACAUCCUCCCAUACCCGCCCACACCCGCCCAUACCCGCCCACACCCGCCCACACCCGCCCACACCCGCCCACACCCGCCCACACCCGCCCACCGGAGAAUCCCGCCCACACAACUGAAUCCAACAUGUAA